AUGUUAAUGGAUAAUCAAGUAGGAUCGUCAGAUCGUACACCAUUAACAACAGCUAUUGGAAUAGAUAGUCAUUCUUCAGAAAUUAAUCAAGUUUUAAAUGUAGAAACAUUAGUAGAACCAACACCUGGAACACCAGCUACUUCACCUUUACCAAAAAUUGAAACAAUGAGGACAACAAUAAAAAGUACUGAUGGUCAAAAUCAUGAAAUGGAGUUAGAUACAAAUAAUAAUUUAAUUAUUUUUAGACUUUUAAAUAAAAAAAAUGGAUAUACAGAUAUUUCAAUGACAUUAAAUUUGAGUGAAGUUUUAUGUGUUAGAAAUAAGCGUAUACCUAUGAAAAAAAGUAAAGGGUUACCAUUUAAUGUUGUUGAUGAUCAACAAUCAUCCCCUGAAACUCCAAAUUCAUUGUUUUUAUAUUAUGCGCAUAAAAUAAAUGUUUAUAAAUGGAGAGUAAGAGAAAUAAUUGCCCUUUUUCCUACAUCUGGUGAAAAAAAAGCUUGGGUUAAAUUAUUAACAGAAAAUUUAAAACAAUUACCAGAAAGACCAAAAAAACUUGUUAUAUUUGUUAAUCCUUUUGGAGGAAAAGGAAAAGCAAAAAAAAUUUAUGAUACUAAAGUUGAACCAUUUUUUAAAAUGGUUGGAAUUGAAUGUAAUGUUAUAUUAACUGAAAGGGCAAAUCAUGCAUUUGAUCUUUUACAACAAUUUGGAAAUGAUCCAUGGGAAACAAUGGAUGGAGUUGUAUCUGUUGGGGGAGAUGGUCUUUUUAAUGAAGUAUUGUGUUCAACAGUAAUGAGAGCUCAAAAAGAGAGUGGAAAAAAUAUUGCAGAUAUUAAUGUUGAUAGUCUAACGACUCCUCGAAUGAGAUUUGGUAUUAUAGGAGCUGGAUCUGCUAAUUCAAUUGUUUCUACAGUCCAUGGUAUUGAUGAUGUUCCUACAGCUGCAAUACAUAUUGCUAUUGGAAGUCAAUGUACAGUUGAUGUUUGUACUGUUCAUGAAGAUGAUAAACUUUUACGUAUAUCUGCAAAUGCUAUUUCAUAUGGUUGGUUAGGUGAUGUUUUAAGUGACUCUGAAAAUUAUCGUUGGAUGGGACCAAUAAGAUAUCAAUGGUCAGCAUUACGUACAACAGCCAAAAAUCCAUCAUAUAGAGGAAUGAUUAAAUUUAAACUUAAUGAAAAUAAUUAUUCAUCAAAUGAAGAACAAAUGUCUCCUUCACAGCAAAAUAUUGGAAAAAAUAAUUCUAAUCAAGAAAAAGCAAGACUUACUACAACAUUAAGUGUUAGAGAAAACUUAGCUAGAUUACCUAAAUGUAGCGAACCAUGUAAAUUAUGUGAAACUGGUGAAUCUGAUCCUAGUUAUCCUUAUCAUCUCACUGCUGAUUUUUCGCACAUAAUUUGUGCUGUAAUUCCUUGUGUUUCACCAUUUACACCUUAUGGUAUUGCACCAUAUGCAGGUAUAAAUGAUGGUUCAAUGGAUUUAGCAAUGAUACCAAAAGUUUCAAGGAUUAAUAAUUUAGACAUAAUGCGUAAAGUUGCCAUGUAUGGUGGACGUGAUAUAAUACCAUCAGUCCAUGAUCUUCAUGCAUUCCGUGUUUCAAAAUUUUCAUUUACACCAGGAAAAUUAUUGGUAGAAAAUGAUACAGAAAAUAAACAAGAAUAUAAACAGGGAUCAUGGAAUUUAGAUGGUGAAAUUAUGGUUCAACCAGAAGAUAAGACACUUCAUUUUCGCUUACAUCCUAGGUUAAUAAAUUAUUUUGGACGUUGUACUGAUUUAACUGAUCCUCGUUACAAAAUAUGCUUUUGUUGUCAUAAAGUAGAAAAAAAGUCAAAUAUAAUUCUUCUGGAAAAUGAUAACUAA